AUGUCAGACAACAACCAGACACCUCAUCCUGUAGAUGUACCAAUCACAGAUAUGGAUGAUCCAGAAGAUGAUAUAAUCUUUCCUGAUUCUUCCCAGCCUAUCAUCAAUACUGACCAAGAAGAUACGUUUUUGGACAGCCUAGAUUACGAAGUUGAUCCUAAGGAAAACAAGUCAAUGUUCACAAAAUUCAAAGCUCUAUUCACAAGAUCUAGUGACAGCAAUAGAAGCAACUAUUAUGAAAUGGUACUGUCUAGGAAUGACGAUAGUUUUGAGCUUGAUACUGAUAACGACCCUUCCACUCCAGAUUCAGAUAACGAAGAACCAAUCAAUAUACGCGACUAUAGAGUGAAAUUGCUUGAGAAUAAAUUAAAGACGAGAACCGUAGUCGGCGUGGUUUUACUCAUGAUGAUCAUGGCAACUACGUUGUUCUUGUUUAAAUCUACCAGAGGCGGUGAUACAAUUAUAUACUCGGGACUGGGUAAACGACUCCUUUCUAAUUCUACCCAUGACUUUUACCCAACCACAAUUGUCAUAUCUCUUGACGGGUUCCACCCCCACUAUAUUAACGCCAAGGAUACACCUACCAUGCAUAACAUCCUUGUCGAUGAAUAUGGUCCUCCAUAUAUGACACCAAGUUUCCCAUCCCUGACAUUCCCAAACCAUUGGACCCUAGUAACAGGGUUGUAUCCUUCAGAACAUGGUAUUGUGGGUAAUACAUUCUUUGAUCCCAAAUUAAACAAACCUUUUGUGAAUACCAAUCCUAAAAUGGGUGGGUUGGAUCCUGAUUUCUGGAGAGGCGGUGAGCCAAUUUGGAACACUGCCGAGCGUCAAAAUUUGACUACCGCAGUGCACAUGUGGCCUGGGUCGGAAGUACCUGAUGGCGUCGGUCCCAAGGGCGAAUUUGAUAGAUAUAACGGGUCAGAAUUGUUAGUUCUGAAAGUGGAUCGAGUUAUGGAGUGGAUAGAUAAGGAGAUUGAUUCCCGUCCUGAAUUGAUAUUAACAUAUGUUCCUACUAUCGACCAAUAUGGUCACAAGUUUGGAAUUCUGGGUUCUAAUUUAACAGAUGCCCUUACUUAUGUGGAUAAUUUCAUUGAUUUGAUGCAAAGGGAAUUACACGCGCGUAACUUGGAUAAUAUUGCUAAUAUGAUCAUUGUUAGUGACCACGGGAUGGCCCAAACUUCAAAUGAGCGUCUACUUUAUCUUGAUGAUUUAAUUGACUUAUCCAAGAUUGAUCAUAUUGACGGAUGGCCAUUAUUUGGAUUACGUCCACAUGAUUCAGCUGAUGAAAUUUAUAACGAGUUAACUGCAAAUUUGGCCAAACAAGGUGAUAACGUCACUUCCAAUUAUCAUGUAUAUAAAGUAGAAGAUCUUCCUAAAGAAUGGCAAUUUGGAGGACAAUUAGAAGACCACAGGUUCAAUUAUAGACUUGCACCAAUUUGGAUCAUACCUGAAGUUGGUUACUCCGUUACUACCCACCAACAAAUGAAAGACUAUGGCAAUGAAUACAAACCUCGUGGGGUCCAUGGAUACAAUAACACUCAUUUGUUGAUGCGGGCUAUUUUCUUAGGUUCUGGUCCAUACUUUAGACUGAUUCGCCCUGAAUCAGGCAAAGUUAAACCAUUUGCCAACACAGAAGUAUACAAUUUGAUCUGUGAUAGUUUAAACAUCAUUCCCUCUCCUAACAAUGGGACUAACCCUCGUCAUGUCAUGCAGAAUUCCUUGCCUCAUGAUUGGUCUGAUGAUUUGAUCUUCCCUGAUUUACCUUAUGAUGUUGACCAUAUAGUGGGUAAUAAUGCAACGUACGAUUUGUUAUGGAGAAAGAAUCAUAAGGGAACAGUACCAGUAAGUACAAACGAUCAUCCUUUGGAAUCAAUGAAGUCUGAGGAGUCUACUAUUAGCUCUUUGACUACCGCAGAUUUACCUAAACCAAGUGAUUUUGAAACAACUACAGGUGGAUUGAGUAACAUUGUAGGACAUGUCUUGGAUGAUAUAGAGGAUGGGAUAGAAUAUGUUGGAGAAAAAGUUGACGAUUUGCUAGAUGGUAUAUUUGGUGAUGACUAA